AUGGUCGCCAUAUGCCCGCCAAAACGUCAACCCUCUCAACGCGUGCUAACGCGUCACAGCAUCAACCUUAUCACCGUCGUCAUUGCCCUACACUGUCAUGAAACUCGCCUUAAAGCUCUACAAUGCCUUCACCAAAUAUUAAUAUCGCCAACAUCAGCCGUCGUAGAAGUCCAAUUAGUCCAACCGGUUCAUCUACACACGCGCAGACGCGACCAUCAUCCAGCAAUUCUAACCACUCAGGCAGCUCGACAGCCAGCCUCGACAUCUGGCAACAUGGCACGGAAGGAUUGGGCAGCGUGCCUGUCGCGUGACUCGAUGAGCAUUUCCACACUCUGCCAGGACUUCACGAUCUGGUCAGCAAGGAUAUUCCAGGCGUUAGAUGGCGAAAAUCAGACAUCUACCUCAGGAACGACUAUCGGACAUCUGAGUACCAACCAAGCCAAAGACUUCAACAUGUGGACACACUAA